AUGCACAAUAAAUAUAUUAAAUAACACACUCAUUGCAGCUGAUCUUCCCCAGAACUCAACCAUGUCAACAUCCAUGUUCAUAAUCCUCAUACCAAUUAUACUACUCUCCUUCAAUGCAAGAUUCCUUGAAGCACAGAGUGGGCAUCUUCCUCAAGAUGAAUUAAAUGCACUCAAGGAAAUAGCAGAUCAACUGGGGAAGAAGGAUUGGGAUUUUAGCCUAAAUCCUUGUGACAACAAAUCCAACUGGUUGACACCACAAGGGAAAGAUACGCCUCUGUACACUAAUAUUCUCACUUGUGAUUGCACCUUCCCUGAUGGUAUUUGCCAUGUGCAAAGCAUAAAUUUGAAAGGACAAGAUCUUCAAGGUGUCCUUCCUCCUGCCUUGGUGAAGUUGCCCUUUCUCAAGAUAAUUGAUCUCACUCGCAACUACUUAAGUGGUACAAUUCCUCCUGGAUGGGCUUCUAUGAAAUUGGAACUUAUAUGUGUUAAUGUGAAUCGAUUGUCUGGGCCAAUUCCGAAAUAUUUGGGAAACAUAACAAGUCUGGUAUAUUUAAACCUAGAGAACAAUAUGUUCAAAGGAAGUGUUCCACCUGAGCUUGGGAAACUUGUCAACUUACAAAAUCUCAUUCUUAGUGCUAAUUAUCUCACAGGUGAAUUGCCAAAAGAACUUAAUGCCCUCACAAAAUUGAAGGAGUUUAGGCUCAGCAGUAAUAGCUUCACUGGGAAACUGCCUAGCUUUCAAACUUUCAAAAACCUUCAACAACUAGAGGUCCAAGCGAGUGGUUUUGAAGGGCCCAUACCUGAAAGUAUUUCUGUACUGACAAACUUGAUAGAACUUAGAAUCAGUGACCUAAAUGGAGGUGGUGUCUCCAGAUUUCCUACAUUAAAGCAAAUGACAAACAUGACAAAGCUGAUGUUGAGGAGGUGUAAUAUGUCUGGAAAAAUACCUGAUAUAGCUCACAUGACAAGCUUGCAACAACUAGAUUUGAGUUUUAAUAAUCUGGAAGGAGGGAUUGAUGGUCUUAAAGGUCUUGAUAAACUGCAGUACAUAUAUUUAAUGAACAACUCGCUUAGUGGACAAAUACCUCAAUGGGUUCUAAAUCGAGAUUCCAGAUUUUACACAGAUCUUUCUUAUAAUACUUUUACGGAGAACUUGGUGUCACCAAUUUGCAACCGGGAAGCCUUAAACUUGUUCAAAAGCUAUAAUGGAGGAGAAAAUGAAAAAAUUGACCAGUGUCUAAAAAACUGCACGAAUGAUUGGUAUUCAUUUUACAUCAAUUGUGGUGGAGGCAAUGUUGUGAUUGGUGACACUACUUAUGAUGCAGAUCAAGAUUCUACAGGCUUUGCAAAAUUUGUUCCCGGUAGAGAGAACUGGGUAACCAGUAAUACAGGGUAUUUUUGGGAUAGAGAUUUAACACUAUCUGACUAUACAACAACAAAUGCAUCUGUCAUCACGGGAAAAGACUCUCAAAUCUACCAGACAGCUCGCUUGUCUCCUUUAUCUUUGACUUAUUAUGGACGUUGUUUAGCAAAUGGAAACUAUACUGUGAAACUUCAUUUUGCAGAGAUAGUUAUGAGAGAUAAUAGAUCGUUUCAAAGUCUGGGAAGACGCAUAUUUGAUGUUUAUAUACAGGACGAAAGGAAAUUAAAGGAUUUUAAUAUUGAAACUGAAGCACAAGGAACUGAUAAAGCCUUGAUUAAACAAUUUCAAGCAGUUGUCAGAGAUAAAACUCUAGAAGUGCGCUUUGAGUAUGCUGGAAAAGGAACAACGUCAUCCCCAAGUAAAGGAACAUAUGGCCCUUUAAUAUCUGCCAUUUCUGUCGAAUCUGAUUUCAAGCCCCCCAAAAAUAUAAAGAUUUUAAUUCACACUUUAGUUGCAAUAGCUUCUUCUUUAUCUCUUAUUUUCAUAAUUCUCAUUCUCGUUUGGUGGAAGUUCUACAUUAGAAACAAGACCUCAAGGGAAAAGGAACUACGAGGCCUUGAUUUACGAACUGGUUUAUUUACCUUUAGACAAAUUAAAGCCGCUACAAACAAUUUUGAUGCUACAAAUAAGAUUGGGGAAGGUGGUUUUGGGCCUGUCUACAAGGGUACAUUAUUGGAUGGCACAGUUAUUGCCGUGAAACAACUAUCAUCCAAAUCAAGUCAAGGACACCGUGAAUUUUUGAACGAAAUAAGCAUGAUUUCUUGUUUGCAGCACCCUAAUCUUGUGAAACUUUAUGGGUGUUGUAUUGAGUGGAAGCAGUUGUUGUUGGUGUAUGAGUACUUGGAAAACAACAGCCUUGCCCAUGCUCUUUUUGGUCCAGAAAAGAGUCAACUAAAUAUAGAUUGGCCAACCCGACAAAGAAUUUGUGUCGGUAUUGCAAAAGGUUUAGCUUUCUUGCAUGAAGAGUCGGCAAUAAAAGUUGUUCAUAGAGACAUUAAAGCUACCAAUGUGCUUCUCGACAAAGAACUCAAUCCAAAAAUUUCUGACUUUGGUCUAGCUAAACUUGAGGAUGACGGGAAUACAUAUGUCAGCACAAGAGUUGUUGGGACAAUUUUAAAGAAACUGUGGACUGCAUCUGCUUCUCAUUUUUCACUCAUAUCCCAAUAUAAUGUCAGGGGAUACACGGCUCCUGAAUAUGCAUUAUGGGGCUACUUAACAUUUAAAGCUGAUGUCUAUAGUUUCGGAGUAGUGGCACUGGAAAUUGUUGCCGGCAAAAACAACAUGAAAUUUCGUCCUAAUGAGAACUACGCUUGCCUCCUUGAUUGGGCACUUGCUCUUCAAAAACAUGGAGACCUAAUGGAGUUAAUAGAUCCAAGAUUGGGUUCUGAUUUGGACAAAGAAGAAGCGCUCAGAAUGAUCAAAGUGGCUUUGCUUUGUACUAAUCCUUCACCAGCCCUUAGGCCAUCCAUGUCUGCAGUAGUCAACAUGCUUGAAGGUCAUGAUGAUAUUCUUGAGUACAAUUCCGACCAACAUGAAUUCAAUUAUCAAGCAAUGAGUGAUUGUUACAAUGAAAUGCCAAUCGGUUCAAGUGAUUCUCUCAACAACACCAACUUUUCUUCUUAAGAUUAAGAAAAUUAUUAGUGAAAAAUUGCAUGCUCCAAAAGAAAUACAAGAUAUUGUAUGUCAAAUUUGUAUGAGUCAUUAAGAAACUAUGCAAACUGUACAAACUAGUUCUAUGAAUCCUGCACUUGUAUUGCUCCCAAGUAUGAAGGGCCCAACAUCUCAGAGUGCAGACUAUUCACAAAGCUAAGCAAUUUCCUUCAAGGAUUUAGGUACAA